AUGAAAAGCGAAGAGGAAAAUUUGAAAAACGAACGUACUAAAGAAGUUGACGAGAGUAAUCCAGAAGAAGAAGAUGUUGACAAAGAAAAUUCUGAUAAGAAAGAAGAAAAUGAUUUGCAACAAGAAACAAAUGCACAACCCUUGGCGCUAUCAGAAAAUGAUUCAAUUGACCAAACAGCUACAACUUCAUCAAGCAUUGAUAAAAAUUCAUCAUCAGUUACAAUUGUGGAACAAAAUUGA